CAACAUUUGACAUAUGGAAAAAGAAUGAGCCCUGUGAUCGCUGUUCAUCAGAACUAAAUUAUUCCCAACUAGAAUUCACAUAAAGGAAUGUGAAUGAAACUUAAACGCAACGGAUUAUCAAAGGCAAAUUCUGAUCAUAACUGUUUAUUCUUAUGGCCUCUGCCUAUAUAAACCACACUCAUUAACUUAUUUUCGCCAGGAAAAUAAAAGCGAACCUCUCUCUCUUUCCCUCUGUUUUUUCUCUCUUUCUAGUUCACUACAUUAAACAUGAAAGGACUUCGUUUCAGAGGCCUCACAUUUAUGAUCCUCAUUGUUAUUCUUUUAUGGUGUUCGAGUUUUGAGAGCUGCAACGCCAGAAGAGGCAAGCAUUGGAGGAAUAGUAGAGGCAUGUCAGCUUCUUUGUCCAAAAAGAAAGGAAGCACUACUCAUCAUACUCCCCAUAGUAAUCAUAAAUACAAACCAAAACCAAAUCCGCCGUCUCAUAAAUCUCCCGUACCUUCUCCCCCCGCAGUUACUAAGCCAGGACAAGAUAAUCCGCAGCCAAAUCCGCCAGAGAAAGGCGACGAGGGCAGCCAUUCUCAAGUCUUUGACGUGAUCGAUUUUGGCGCUAAGGGUGAUGGAAUUACUGAUGACACCAAGGCGUUUGAAGCUGCUUGGGCCGCUGCGUGUAAAGUUGAAGCAUCAACAGUUAGUGUUCCUGCACAAUUUGUGUUCCUUGUUGGACCUAUUUCAUUCUCCGGUCCCUACUGUCAGCCCAACAUUUUGUUUCAGCUUGAUGGGACGAUCAUUGCUCCAACAAGCAUCAAAUAUUGGGGAAAAGGUCUACUAUGGUGGAUUGAAUUUUCAAAGCUGAAAGGAAUUACAAUUCAGGGAAAGGGAAUUAUUGAUGGGAGAGGCUCUGUUUGGUGGCAAAAUUCCCCUUAUGAUGACCCAAUCGAUGAUGAAACGAAACUCAUAAUCCCAUUAAACAGUACUGUACAAGAGAGGCCCCCGAUGCCGAUAAAGAGUGAACUGUACGGGAAAAUGCCAAGCAUAAAGCCAACUGCACUGAGGUUCUACGGGAGUUUCAAUGCCACUGUGAGUGGCAUUACGAUUCAGAACAGCCCACAAUGCCACCUCAAAUUUGAUUUCUGCAUGGGAGUUGUGGUGCAUGAUGUUAGCAUUUCUUCUCCUGGUGACAGCCCCAACACCGAUGGAAUCCACCUCCAGAACUCCAAAGAUGUGCUCAUUCAUAGCAGCAAUCUUGCUUGUGGAGAUGACUGUGUUUCGGUCCAAACCGGAUGCUCGAAUGUGUAUAUACACAAUGUGAAUUGUGGUCCAGGACAUGGAAUCAGCAUUGGAAGUCUUGGAAAAGAUAACAGCAAAGCCUGUGUCUCUAACAUCACCGUCCGAGAUGUCAUCAUGCACAACACAAUGACUGGUGUCAGAAUCAAGACGUGGCAGGGUGGAUCAGGCUCUGUGCAGGGGAUACUUUUCUCAGACAUUCAAGUCUCUGAGGUCCAACUUCCGAUUGUAAUCGAUCAAUUUUACUGUGACAAAAGUAUAUGCAAGAACCAAACUUCUGCUGUCUCUCUAUCAGGAAUUACCUAUGAAAGAAUUAGAGGGACAUACACGGUGAAACCUGUUCAUUUUGCCUGCAGUGACAGCCUACCGUGUAUUGAUGUAACUCUAUCUUUCAUAGAGCUAAAACCGCAACAAGAAAAGUACCACAUGUAUGAUCCCUUCUGCUGGCAGACGUUUGGAGAAAUAACCACUCCUACCGUCCCCCCAAUCGCCUGUUUACAGAUCGGCAAGCCGUUGAAAAACCGACCUCAGUCAGAUCCUGAUGUCUGCUGAGCUUAGGCUAUAGUAAUAUACCAUGGUGUAUGGGUUAGGCAAAGAGUGUAUAUCUAGACAGUAUUAGUCUACAGGAUUUGUGUUUUUUUUUCAUAUACCAUAUAUCCUUUACAUGGUGUAUGAAGAUUGAAUCAACCUGCACUACAUAAACACAGACCGUCAACAUACAAUAUUCCCAGGAUUCCCUCCACAUUUGGUCUUUGAAUAGAUAUGCUACUUGAAAUAUAAUAUAUGUAAUUAGAUAUUUAAAUAAUAAAUCAUCAUGUGAUUGAAUAUUA